UUCUGCGACACGAGCCAAAAUUAGGGUUUGUGUUGGUCGGAGGUAACAACAAUGGCGCCGAAGCAGAGAACGAGACAGGUUAGCAGAAACCCCGAAUUGAUAAGGGGCAUUGGGAAGUACUCGAGAUCGCAGAUGUACCACAAGAGAGGGAUUUGGGCGAUCAAGGCUAAAAACGGCGGCGUUUUCCCUCGCCACGACCCUACUCCCAAACCCCAAUCUCCCGCUCUUAAACCUCCCAAAUUUUACCCUGCUGAUGAUGUGAAGAGGCCCCUUCUCAACAAGCACAAACCCAGACUCACUAAGCUCAGGGCUAGCGUUACCCCUGGCACAGUAUUGAUUCUUCUUGCCGGUAGAUUUAAGGGAAAGAGAGUAGUGUUUUUGAAGCAGCUUCCUUCCGGGUUGCUUCUCGUAACUGGUCCUUUUAAGAUCAACGGAGUUCCAUUGAGACGUGUGAACCAGUCAUAUGUUAUUGCCACAUCAACCAAAGUGGAUGUUUCUGCUAUUAACGUGGACAAAUUUGAUGACAAAUACUUUUCAAAGGAAUCCCAGAAAAAGAAGAAGAAGGGAGAGGGCGAGUUUUUUGAGGCUGAGAAGGAGGAAAAGAGUGUGUUGCCCCAGCAGAAGAAAGAUGAUCAGAAAACUGUGGACUCUGCAUUGAUAAAAGCCAUAGAGAGUGUGGCGGACUUGAAUGCUUAUCUGGGUGCCAGGUUUUCCUUAAAGGAUGGCGUGAAACCUCAUGAGCUAGUUUUUUAGAUGAAAAGGGGUGUUACUCUUGUAUUUCAUAGCCUUUUACCUAUUGAUGCUUGGUUCUACUAAUCUGCAUUCACCAUAUUUUGUUCAACAGACAAAUGAAGAGCUUAAAAUUGUAGGCAACCAAUUUUGAGGCCGAUAUUUCUUUUUAAAGUUUACCUCCUUUCUAAUGUAUGUGUUGAUUGUAUGAA